AGAAUAAAGAAUAUAAUUUAGAAGUAAAAGUGAAGUCUGUAGUUUGUGAAAAAUAAUAAAUUGGUUAAAUACUGCCAAAAUAAUUAGACUUUAACGCACAGGAUAAAUAAUUUCCAAUAGUGAUAGUAAAUUAAUUUAUUAUAAAUAGCAUAAAGAAGCUGCAUUCAAUAUGAAGGUGUGCUUAUUAUUACUGGCCGUUGUGGCCUUUGUUAGUCUCUCACAUGGAGAGGAGAAAAAAGAGAAGGAUAGGGAUAUCGGCACAGUGAUUGGUAUCGAUUUGGGUACAACAUACUCUUGUGUUGGUGUAUACAAAAACGGCCGUGUGGAAAUUAUUGCCAACGAUCAGGGUAACCGUAUCACACCAUCCUAUGUAGCGUUCACUGCUGACGGCGAGCGUCUAAUUGGUGAUGCCGCUAAGAAUCAGUUGACAACAAAUCCCGAAAAUACAGUAUUCGAUGCUAAGCGUCUCAUUGGUCGUGAAUGGUCAGAUUCCAAUGUUCAACAUGAUAUCAAAUAUUUCCCCUUCAAAGUUGUUGAAAAGAAUUCAAAACCACACAUCAGUGUAGCCACAGCCCAGGGCAACAAAGUGUUUGCACCAGAAGAAAUAUCUGCUAUGGUUUUGGGUAAAAUGAAGGAAACGGCCGAGGCCUAUCUUGGCAAGAAGGUUACACACGCUGUAGUUACAGUUCCAGCUUAUUUCAAUGAUGCUCAACGUCAGGCUACCAAAGAUGCUGGCGUCAUUGCCGGUCUGAACGUUAUGCGUAUUAUCAAUGAACCUACUGCUGCUGCUAUUGCCUACGGUUUGGAUAAGAAGGAAGGCGAAAAGAACGUGUUGGUGUUCGAUUUGGGCGGUGGUACUUUUGAUGUCUCGUUGUUGACCAUCGAUAAUGGUGUUUUCGAGGUUAUUUCUACCAAUGGUGAUACUCACUUGGGUGGUGAAGAUUUCGAUCAACGUGUUAUGGAUCACUUUAUCAAAUUGUACAAGAAAAAGAAGGGCAAGGAUAUUCGCAAAGAUAACCGUGCAGUACAGAAAUUGCGUCGUGAAGUUGAGAAGGCGAAGCGUGCUUUGUCUGGUUCCCAUCAAGUUCGUAUUGAAAUCGAAUCAUUCUUUGAAGGCGAAGAUUUCUCCGAAACUUUAACCCGUGCUAAAUUCGAAGAAUUGAACAUGGACCUGUUCCGCUCUACAUUGAAACCAGUAACAAAGGUACUUGAAGAUGCUGAUAUGAAUAAGAAAGAUGUGCACGAAAUUGUUUUGGUUGGUGGUUCAACUCGUAUUCCAAAAGUGCAACAACUUGUAAAGGACUUCUUCAGUGGCAAAGAACCAUCUCGUGGCAUAAACCCCGAUGAAGCCGUUGCCUACGGUGCUGCCGUACAAGCUGGUGUACUCUCAGGCGAACAAGACACAGAUGCUAUUGUAUUGCUCGAUGUCAAUCCAUUGACCAUGGGUAUUGAGACCGUCGGUGGAGUGAUGACAAAAUUGAUUCCACGUAAUACUGUUAUUCCAACAAAGAAAUCUCAGAUCUUCUCAACUGCUUCUGAUAACCAACACACCGUCACUAUCCAAGUAUACGAAGGUGAACGUCCAAUGACCAAGGAUAACCAUCUGUUGGGCAAAUUCGAUCUCACUGGCAUCCCACCAGCACCACGUGGUAUUCCACAAAUUGAGGUAUCAUUCGAAAUUGAUGCUAACGGUAUUUUGCAAGUGAGUGCCGAAGACAAGGGUACUGGCAACAAAGAAAAGAUUGUCAUCACCAACGAUCAGAACCGUUUGACACCCGAAGAUAUUGACCGUAUGAUCCGCGAUGCUGAAAAAUUCGCCGAUGAAGACAAGAAACUGAAAGAGAAAGUUGAGACACGCAACGAAUUGGAGUCAUACGCUUACAGUUUGAAGAAUCAAAUCGGCGAUAAGGAUAAAUUGGGUGGUAAAUUGAAUGAUGAAGAAAAAUCCAAAAUGGAGAGCGCAAUCGAUGACUCCAUUAAAUGGAUGGAACAAAAUGCCGAUGCCGAUCCAGAGGAAUAUAAGAAGCAAAAGAAGGAUUUGGAAGCGAUUGUACAACCCAUUAUUGCCAAAUUGUACCAAGGAACUGGUGGUGUACCACCAACUGAAGAAAGUGAUGAUGAUGCGAAGGACGAGCUGUAAGGAGUGGGUGGAAUAAAAAUUUUUAGUCCUUAAUACGUUUACUAUUAAUUUCAUUUAGUUAUUAAAACUGAUAGAAAAAUUCAGACUGAUACACAUUUAAACAAAAUAAGUUUAAUAAAUUUUGAAGAUCUAGUAUGAAGAAAGACAGAAGAAGCCAAUACAGUCCACAAAUAUUUAACAAAACAGAUGCCAGUUUUCUAUUCCAUUUCAAACAACCCUAAAUUCUUAUCAGCUCAAGUAAUAAUAUCGCUUUCCAUUGUACAAAACCUUAUUUAUCUAACUUAAAUAAUUUGUAUGCUAUUUAAAAAUUUAGUUUAUUUAUUUUUUGGUCUUAAUUUUUGUAUAAACUUUUUUUUUCGAAUGUGUCUCACAUUCCAUGUCAAAUCUGUCCAAAAUGCAUGUAAAUGCUUUUUUGAACUCGAUAUGUAAAGAAGAAGCACUUAAAUGAUUUUUGCAAAUGUACAUUUCUCAUUCACGCUCAUGAAUUUGUAACGCAUGGAAUAAGUGAUUUCAUUUUAUACUAAAAGGCAAAAUAUUGUAAUUGAAGAGAAGCGAACUAAACUCUUCGAUUUUACGAAGAGUUUUAUGACAUAAUGAAUAAAAAAAAAAAAUAUAAAUA